GCGCUCGCCCUCCCCCACCUUCCAGCUAAACUGACUUUCAAUCGGCGGAGGAACGGUCAACUCGUCUUUUUCUAAAAUGACUGACCAGCUUUGCAAACUUUUCGUCGGUGGACUGAACGUGGACACCGACGACGAUGGGCUCCGCAAGCACUUCGAGCAGUACGGUAAGCUCACCGACUGCGUGGUCGUCGUGAACAAGCAGCUCCAGCGGUCCCGUUGUUUCGGCUUUGUAACCUACUCGACACCCGAGGAGGCCGACGCCGCAAUGGCCGCUAGGCCACAUGUCGUAGAUGGCAGCAACGUGGAGCUGAAAAGAGCCGUGGCGAGAGAAGACGCCAACAAACCGGAGGCUCUUGCUAAGGUGAAGAAAAUCUUCGUCGGUGGCCUGAAAGAUGACAUUGAAGAGGAACACAUGACUGAGUAUUUCUCUCAGUUCGGCGAAAUCGAGAAGGCCGAAGUCAUUUCGGAGAAGGAGACCGGAAAGAAGAGGGGAUUCGGCUUUGUUCACUUCACGGACAACGACUCGGCCGACAAGGCCGUCGUGAUGAAGUUCCACACCGUCAAGGGACACAAAGUUGAGGUUAAGAAAGCCCUGACCAAGCAGGAGAUGCAGGCGGCGAGCAGGUCUGUAAACAUGCGGGGAGGCAGAGGAGUUGGGAGAGGCAUGAGAGGACAAAAUGGCUACGGCGGUGGCAGAGGAGCCAGCAACUACGGGGGUAAUUACGAGAGCAACUAUGGCGGAGGCUAUGGAAACUGCUAUGGCGGUGGAGGCUAUGGUGGAGGUUAUGGCGGAGGUUAUGGUGGUGGAGGCUACGGAGGUGGCUACGGAGACCAGAUGGGAGGCUACGGUGGAAACGGCUACAGUGAUUUCGGCAGUGGCUACAACCAGCAACCCUCUGGUUACGGUCCCAUGAAAAACACAGGCUACGGUCAGAGGAGCUCCGCUCCCUACUCCCGGGGGAGAGGGGGCUAUGGCGGCUACUAAAUCUCACUCUACAGCCACGACGAACUGCCCGUAAUGAAAAUCUCAACACACCCUCAGCCAUACCUCCAGAUUUGGACGUCAAACUCAAAUUCGGUAAUGGGGCGUCUGCCGUAAAAUCCAAGCAAGGCAGAAAUAUGGACACUGAACUCCCGCCCCAAAUCAUAAUGAAGACCUCAAAACACAAACAGGUAGGAAGAUCACUUCCCAGAAAACCUGAUUUACACGAUCAGCCACAGUUGCUGUGCGACUAGGACACAUUCAAAUAAAGAAUAUACAGUGAAACAACUUAUUCUGUCUCCCUGUCGAGGGCGUGUAGCUGUCGUUAUAGAGUUGGAUAUAUUUUUUUUUAUUUGCGUGCACCCGCUUUUUGGAAACAUCGAUGUAGGAUGGUUUUGUUGAAGAACUCUGAUUAUUUUCCUCUUUGCAUUUUAAGCAAUUAGACUAGGUUUUGUUUUCCUUAAGUAAAGAUUCGUGUUUUCAAUUUGAGGAUGAGAACGCAUGUGUUGUGGAUUUGGUUUUCUUAGCUCUGUCAUACUGAUAACAUACAUUUGUAUAAUUACUUUCCACUUAACAGUCUUUGGGUCAUUUAGUAAAGGCGGGAAAGUGAUGCUGCGGAAGCCAGUUUCCUUGUUCUUGGCCCAUAUGUUGUGUAAAAUAGUGAGUAAAUUCCCACCACGCAUAGACAGUGUCCAGUUUUAUCUAAAUAUUGUUCAUUUUUUCCAUUUACCUGUAGCAAUAUCUCAUGUAUAUUGUAUACUUUCAUGUUUGGAGAUCAAAACUUACUUCUAUUGUUAAACACUUUGGUAUGCAUAUGUAUGUUCAUUUUAAAUAAAACGUUAUACAAACUUAGCUUAGUUAUUUUACUUAUUUAACCAGGCUGCCUUAAGUUCCACAGGUUUUAUAAGCAACUCUGACAUCUUGUUGAACAUUAGUUACAUGGCAUCUUUCCCACUGUUUAAUCCUUUUCUCUCAGGUGGGUGAAAUGGUUAAAAGAACAGUUGUAGUCUACACACAGCCAAUGCAUGUAGGCUUUGUAGGGUUUGCCUUGUUUUUAAAAGUAAUUUGUUGGUUAACCUUGUUCAUCUCUAACCUUUUGAACCUUUUUUUCCUUUAACAUUUGAAUACAUAUCUAUAUGUGGACUUGAGGGCUCUGAUAUUUAUCUUUGAUUAUUCCUACAUUUAGGUGUUCUUACUCUAUCCCAGUAGGCUAUCCCAGCCAAAAUAGCCGUAGCAGUUUGUUUAUAGGCUACAUCAGGACCCUGUUGAUUACCUGGGGUCGAUUGUGAUAGGACUCUGAAAUAUCUCUUUAGGAUAUCCACAUCCAGCCAACUAGGUUGCUACGGUAACCUGGGCGCCAGGACAUGACCCCAGUAAUGAUGGGGUGUGUCUCCAUGCCAACGGGGGACCAGAGAGAUGGUUGAUCCUUCUCCCCCCGAGGUGAUGUCAGAUUCCAGGAUGGAUUCCCUAAUGUGUACUGAGUGUUGGUUUUUAUUUUGUUUAUUGUUAUUUAUAUUUUGUAGCCCAACAUUCAUGGGCAAUAUAUUCUGUGCUUAUUGUGGUUGCACUCCUUUGAUUAAACCCCAUGGUGUUUAGUAGGAGCUUUCAGGCGUAAUCCAUACCUUUUUUUUUAUUUAUUUUUUUUAGGUGUAGCGUCAUUGAUCAAACAGGAAUCUUGAUUCGGUGCCCCAGUAAUAGCACAGAUGUCAAUCUGAAUGUUUUUCCUCUUCCAGUUCAGUUAUAAAUACUCAGAAGGUUUGUCUGGAAUGAUUUUAAAGGUUACAGAAAUGCCUUGUGAUCAAUAAAAUGAGUUUUUCAUGUUUCACAGUAUUUCACAUGUAAUUGUCAGUUAUAGUCAAACUGCAUUAUUUAAUACAUGGAGCAUCUCAGUUGCUGCCGUCUGUGCUAUGCAUUUGUAUUAAUGCCCGUCUUUUUAUUGUGACAUUUACUGCAUUUUACUACUUCUGUUUUUUAUUCUUUUGUAGGAUAGAAGUGCUUGACAGUUUCUGAUCAUCCCAUAGUAUUGGAAAGAGGAAGCAUCUUACAUGUUUGAUGACAAGUUCAUUUUUUUGAAUCAAAAAUAAAUAUUUUUAUACCAAGAAA